UUUGAUAGUUUCGCCUGAGGCACACAGAGGACGCAGAGGGUUUCAAUUCUAUUUUACCCAUUCAUAAAACAGAGAAAAGUGCAAAUGUUAACACCUCAAUCGUAACAAUAAACACUACGGAAUGUCUGAACGGAGGAAAGUAUUGAUGGUCUGCUUAGGAAACAUCUGUAGAUCUCCUAUCGCAGAAGCUGUUUUCAUCAGUUCCAUAACACAGAUGAAUAUUGCAAACCGUUGGAGUGCUGAUAGUGCUGCAUUGAGGGGUUAUCAUGUGAAUAGCAUGCCGGAUACUCGAGCACAAGAAACCAUAAAAUCUAAUGGAAUAACGAAUUACUCACACCUCGCUAGAACAAUAACAGAUGAUGACUUUCACGACUUCGAUUGGAUCUUGGGAAUGGAUGAUUUUAACAUAACUGAGUUGAACAGAAUGAAACCUGAAGGCAGUAAAGCGCAGAUUGAAUUACUUGGGAGAUACGAUCCAGAGGGGGAAGUUAUUAUCAGAGAUCCAUUCUACGAUCGGGACAGUACAGGAUUUUUCAAGGUGUUUGAACAGUGUUCACGGAGUGUGAAAGGGUUUUUAGAAACGCAUCAAUAGUUUACACAGGUAUAAAUUGCAGUGCAGAAUUGUUGCUUGUAAUUACCAGAAUUAUAUUUUCAUAUCCAAAAUAUUCAUGCCCAUUUCGUUGUUGCAAACUUAUAUUUCAAAUACAUUUAUCUUAGAUUAAAAAAAUUACUUGUAGAUACAUAGAAAUUUCAGGAUUUGGACUUCAAAUUAUUCGCUGAAACUUCACAAUUCUCUUUCGGAACUUGGAACUCAUCUCUGUAUAAAGCAUAUUAAUAUUAAUCGCCAUGAUCCCGUGGUGCCUUAAUGAACUGAACUUAUGCAAAUCCGUCAGUCGAAUAAACCCAAUUGAGUAGAUGUUCUGCGUGCAUAAAUGUAUGAUUUAAAAAAAUAAUGAAUCCUUUGCGAUAAA